CUCUUUUACUACCAUGUUAAUAUAUAUCUGUUCUUUUUAGUGUUGAGUUGUGCAGCUAUGUUCAUGUAAAAACAUGUAUGCUGUCGAUGCUGUCGAUAUUACUGAGUUCUACUGCUGCGUUUGUGUAAAAUGGGAUUAAAAAGAACUUUGUGAGAAUAUUAGAAUCUAAAAUAAACACUCAAAGAUGGAUGAAGUUUCGAAACUUGAACACUUAUCAUUAGUAUCAAAGAUUUGUACAGAAUUAGAAAAUCAUUUGGGAUUAAAUGAUAAAGACUUAGCUGAGUUUAUCAUUCAUUUGGCAGAGAAAAAUAAUACCUUCGACAAAUUCAAAAAGGUUCUGCUGGAAAAUGGCGCAGAAUUUUCAGAAUCAUUUAUGGCUAAUCUUUUGAGAAUAAUACAACAUAUGAAACCGUCCAAAACAAUGCAGGACAAACCUUCAUUAUCUAUAGCUAAACAAGACGAAUUAGCUCAGAAAUUCCCUGCCCUGGCUAUACCAAAUGAAGAGCCGAAGAUAAUAGAUGGUAAAGAACUCAAGGAUGAUGAUAUAGUUAGUAGUGCAAUGGCAAGCUUGGAAGAAUUGGCACCAUCGAACAAAAAAUCUAAUAAUGAAAAAAAGGUCAGCCAACCACCGGAUAAUGAUAAAAAGAGCAAACAUUCUAGAAGAAGCAGAUCAAAAGAUAGAAGAAGACACAGGUCGCGUUCGUCUAAUCGCAAAGAUAAAAGGCACAGAUCUAGAUCGCGUUCUAGAUCUAGAGAUAGGAAACGUCAUAGGUCAAAGGAUCGCAGAAGAUCCAGGUCACGGGAUAGAAAGCCUCGUGAACACAGAGAUAGACAUUCUGGUAGACACGGGUCAGAUAGAUCCAGGUCAAAAUCCAUAGAAGAGCUCUCUAUGGAUCCAGAAGUUGGUAAAAUUUAUUCUGGCAAAGUUGCCAAUAUUGUUCCUUUCGGCUGUUUCGUACAAUUGGAAGGCUUAAAACGUAGGUGGGAGGGACUCGUUCAUAUUUCACAAUUAAGGAGGGAAGGAAGAGUUGCCAGUGCAAGUGAUGUGGUAUCCAGGGGUCAGAAAGUCCUCGUGAAAGUCCUCAAUAUUGGCGGACAAAAGGUUUCCUUGAGCAUGAAAGAUGUUGAUCAAGAAACAGGCAGAGACUUGAACCCGGUAGUAGCCGUCGCUAAAACCGAAGAAGAUGAAAAACAUUUACGUAAUCCAGACAGACCAACGUCAUUAUUGGAAUUGCAAGGCAAUUGGGACGAAGAUGAAACUUGUUCUAGGAAGCGUGUACAGAGACUAUCAUCUCCUGAGAAGUGGGAGAUAAAGCAGAUGCUUGCUGCAUCUUGCAUCGACAGGAGUGAAUUGCCCGAGUUCGAUAUGGAAACUGGAAUUCUUCCUCGUGAAGACGACGAGGAAGAGGACGUAGAAAUUGAACUGGUAGAAGAGGAACCACCUUUCCUACACGGACACGGUCGAGCGCUUGGAGACUUGAGUCCUGUUCGUAUCGUGAAAAAUCCUGAUGGUUCGUUAGCGCAAGCUGCAAUGAUGCAAAGCGCAUUAGCAAAGGAAAGAAGGGAACAGAAAAUGCUGCAAAGGGAACAAGAAAUGGAUUCUGUUCCCACGGGUCUCAACAAAAACUGGAUUGAUCCUUUACCGGAAGCCGAGAGCAGAACUCUAGCAGCAAACAUGAGAGGAAUCGGCCUGCAGACUCAAGAUCUACCCGAGUGGAAGAAACACGUAAUAGGUGGAAAGAAAUCGUCCUUCGGAAAGAAAACGAAUCUGACUUUGCUCGAACAACGUCAGAGUUUGCCGAUAUACAAGCUGAGGGACGAUUUGGUGAAAGCUGUAACGGACAACCAAAUCUUAAUUGUAAUCGGCGAAACAGGAUCAGGGAAGACUACUCAAAUCACGCAAUAUCUGGCUGAGGCAGGAUUCACAGCGCGAGGAAAAAUCGGCUGCACGCAGCCUAGGAGAGUAGCUGCCAUGUCCGUCGCGAAAAGAGUAGCGGAGGAAUUUGGUUGUAGAUUAGGUCAAGAAGUGGGUUACACGAUUCGUUUCGAAGACUGCACGGGUCCGGAGACUAAUAUAAAGUACAUGACUGACGGUAUGUUGCUUCGGGAGUGUCUGAUGGAUCUUGACUUGAAAACCUACUCGGUUAUAAUGUUGGACGAGGCGCACGAACGCACAAUUCACACUGACGUUCUGUUCGGAUUGCUGAAGCAAGCAGUCGGAAGGCGGCCAGAUCUGAAGCUUAUUGUGACCAGUGCUACCCUAGAUGCUGUGAAGUUUUCACAAUACUUCUUCGAGGCUCCUAUUUUCACCAUUCCUGGCAGAACGUUUGAAGUCGAAGUGAUGUACACGAAGGAACCGGAGACGGAUUAUCUGGACGCUGCGUUGAUAACUGUAAUGCAGAUACACUUGAGGGAACCACCAGGGGAUAUACUUCUUUUCUUAACCGGUCAAGAAGAGAUCGACACGGCUUGUGAGAUUUUAUACGAGCGAAUGAAAUCUCUGGGUCCAGAUGUGCCGGAACUCAUCAUUCUGCCAGUGUACUCGGCGCUGCCUUCAGAAAUGCAAACUAGAAUAUUCGAGCCAGCUCCGCCAGGCUCGAGGAAGGUGGUGAUAGCUACAAACAUAGCUGAAACAAGCUUGACCAUCGAUGGUAUUUAUUAUGUCGUGGAUCCAGGUUUUGUCAAGCAAAAAGUGUACAACUCUAAAACAGGAAUGGACAGUCUCAUAGUGACACCGAUCAGUCAAGCAGCUGCCAAGCAGAGAGCGGGUAGAGCUGGUAGAACUGGUCCAGGGAAAUGUUACAGACUUUACACGGAGAGAGCUUACAGAGAUGAAAUGUUGCCCACGCCAGUCCCAGAAAUCCAACGCACCAACUUGGCAACUACAGUGCUACAAUUAAAAACGAUGGGCAUUAAUGACUUGCUGCACUUUGACUUCAUGGAUGCGCCGCCUGUAGAAUCACUUAUCAUGGCUCUGGAAUCCUUGCAUAGUUUGAGCGCGUUAGAUAACGAAGGCCUCUUAACCAGAUUGGGGAGAAGAAUGGCGGAAUUCCCAUUGGAACCUAAUUUAUCCAAGAUGCUGAUUAUGAGUGUGCAUCUGCAGUGUUCCGAUGAAAUAUUGACAAUCGUCAGUAUGUUGUCCGUGCAAAAUGUUUUCUACAGACCAAAGGAUAAACAGGCAUUGGCUGAUCAAAAGAAGGCGAAGUUCAAUCAACCAGAGGGUGACCAUUUAACCUUACUGGCAGUCUACAAUUCCUGGAGAAAUAAUAAAUUCAGUAAUGCCUGGUGUUAUGAAAAUUUUGUACAAAUCAGAACACUGAAACGUGCGCAAGAUGUUCGCAAACAGCUGUUGGGUAUUAUGGAUAGGCAUAAAUUAGAUGUUGUAUCUGCUGGUAAAAACACUGUGAGAAUCCAGAAAGCUGUGUGUUCAGGCUUCUUCAGGAACGCUGCGAAAAAGGACCCCCAAGAAGGGUACAGAACAUUGGUGGAUAGUCAGGUAGUUUACAUUCAUCCGAGCAGUGCUUUGUUUAAUAGGCAACCUGAAUGGGUUAUUUAUCACGAACUAGUACAAACCACUAAAGAAUAUAUGAGAGAAGUAACAACCAUUGAUCCAAAAUGGUUAGUGGAGUUCGCUCCGGCAUUCUUUAAGUUUAGCGAUCCGACUAAACUCAGUAAAUUUAAGAAGAAUCAGCGAUUGGAACCACUUUACAACAAAUACGAGGAACCGAAUGCUUGGCGAAUAUCCAGAGUCCGCAGAAGACGUAAUUAAGAUAUUUAUUACACAAUCUGUAAAUAAUUUUGUACAGAGUUUCAUAUUACAUGAAAAUAAAAAACACGUGUAAUUAGUGCAAGUCCAUUAUAAGAAAAAACUCUAAAAUCACAGGCAUUGCGAUAUUCGUUUCUUUCAGUUUCUAUAUUCGUGUAUAAUACAAAAUUGAAUGAAUUACUGUAAUAUCAAAUGAAAUCGGGAAAUACAUUUACAUUGAAAUAAUAUAUAUAUUUACACUAAUCUUUUCGAUAACGCUUCUUUUCUUACACCGUAAAUCUUAUAGAAUAAAGUAAAUGAUAACGUUUAUAUAGAACAACUGUGCAUUGCAUAAAUGUAUAAUAUUAAAUUAGAGAAUCGAUAAUAUUUCUAAAAAUAUGUGAGAUGGACUGCAUGGUACAUCUCAUUUUAACAAAUGCAAUGCAGAUUAUGCGUGAUUAAUCCUCGUUACAGAAAUAGCAAAGUAUUAUGUGCUGUGAUAUUGUAUCAUACACUGUCUUUUGUAUUUGUGGAGAAGUGAAGUGCAUAAUUAGAUGAAUGAUACCGGUACAAGUAGAAUGUCAGUCUCAAAGAACAGGAGAGUGUUCAAUCAUUAUAUUUUGUCAGUCUUUUCCUCUUAAUUAAUUAUUAAAUUUAUUAAAUAAAUACAUUCUCCAGAAACAUUUAAUAAUAGUAAGAGCAAUAUCUCCUCUUUACGUAUAAAGUUCUGUCACUCUUAAUGCAAUUAUAUUUUAAUCGUUUAAUUUUUGUAUAAGAGAAUCCUUAAGAAAUCUGUAAUUCAUUCAUAUGAAAUGUUGUACAACAGCCUUGGAAAUAUUCAGUUUCACGAGAUAUAAAUUGAAUACCAUUUCUGGACUUGAUUGUAUGGACUACACGUUUUGUCGAAGGAACAUCUUGUACAUGGCAGGCUACUGAGUUUGUUGCUUCUUUUUAACUAAUUCCACCAACUGC